GUUCCCUGUACUUCUCUUCCAGCAGUGAUGAUGAAUUUGAAAACUUUUUAGCUAGACUGAAAACUCCCAAAUCUGUUCCUAAAAAGGCAGAUACAAGUUUGAAAGACUUCUUUGAUGACUCAGAUGAUUUCUUCUUGGACUUGAAAGUAAAAAAGAGGACAACCAAAAGUGCACAGAAAGAUCUUGAGACCCCGAAAAAGCUGAUGACACCUGGAAAGAGAAACACUUGCUGCCAAGAAUUGCAAUAUCCAGAUACUUCAAGUGACACUGAAGAUUCUGUCUUUGUAGAAACUCCAUGCAAUAAUCACCAGAAGGAGGGAGUGAAAGACUUGAAAGGGAGUCAGAAGUGUGUAAAUUUUUCACCUCCACAAAAUCGGAAAGAGUCACUUUUCAAAGGCAGUCCAGAUUUCCUUGUUAGAAGGAAAGAAAGAAGCUGUGAAAAUACAGAAAAUAAGUUGCCAUCUGUGGCACUAGCACGUGGUACAGGGGUGGAAUCAGAUAGCUCAGAUGACAGUUUUGGAUCUUUAAUGGAACGGAUAAAGAAGCGAAGUGUACCCCGAAAACCAGUCUUAAGCACCAGUAAAAGUGUCUUUGAGCCAAGCACAACAGAAAACAUCAAGCCACCCUGCAAAGAUGCACAGCCUGUGAAAGGGGAGGGAGGCAAGACACUAAAGCCCAAAUCCAUUUCACUUCAAGAAACACCUUCCAUGAUAAGGACUCCUGCAAGAAUUGCUGGGAAUGAAUCAGUCAGUUGCUCACAGUCAGCAAAGACAGAGAAAAGGGUCAGGGUAUGCUCAGUGCCUGGUUGUUUCUUGCAAGAUCUUUCGAAUCCAGCUUCCCACUAUGUGAAAUAUUUCAAGCAAAAUAAAGAGGAGCUGGCCCAGAAGCUCUACAGGCUGUUUAAUAGUACCAUCUUUGAGCAAAAGUUACCAGAGGACAUGGAAAUAAUCUGGAAUAAGAAAAUGAGAAAAACAGCGGGGUAUUGUGUCACGGGGCAGAGGGAAGGCCCUGAACGGAAGCGUUACGCUCGCAUUGAACUCUCUGAGAAAGUCUGUGACUCUGCAGAUCGCCUUCGGGACACGCUGAUCCAUGAGGUUUGCCACGCGGCCACCUGGCUCAUCAGCGGUGUUCGGGACGGACACGGGCGCUUCUGGAGGUUCUAUGCCAGCAAAUCAGCUGUAAUUCAUCCAGAGCUGCCAGUGGUGACACGCUGCCACAGCUAUGAAAUUAAUUACAAAUUCACCUAUGAGUGUGUUCGGUGCAAAGCUACGGUCGGGCGGCACUCGCGGUCCCUGGACACGGCGCGGUUCGUGUGCGCCUUCUGCGGGGGGCAGCUGGUCCUCAGGCAGCCCCUGGGCAAGGGGGGCACCCCUGCCAGGACACAGCUCACUCCCUUUGCUAAGUAUGUGAAGGAAAACUAUGGACUUGCUAAGAGAGAGCACGGGCUGAGUCAUGCAGAGGUCAUGAGGAAACUCAGUGCUGAUUUUGCUUUGAAAACCAAGCUGGAAGAUUCCUUUUAAUAUCUCAAUAUACCUCCUUUCUUGGUGCCACUUACAUUUUGUACAGAGAGUAGUAAAAGUUCUGAGCAGCACUUACACAUAGCACGUCUUCAGCGACUCCAAUGAGUAAGGGAUUUACUGUUUCAUCUGGGCAGCUGAUACGCUGUAGACUCUGUGUGUGUGCUGAAGAACUGCUUUGUGUGCAUCUGGUGGGAUUGCCAGAGGCAAGAAAGUCCAGGCCCACCAGCCCAAGGCCCCUGACUCUGAAUAACUCCAGGGCAGGAGAAGGGGCAUACCUGAGUGACCCUUGGCUGUUUUUAUUAAAAUUAAGUGGUAGUUAGAUGGUGCCUUAAAUGCAUUAACAGAAUAUGUGAGUUUCUCCAAAGCCCUUUAGUCCUCAAUAAGAUUGAAGCUCUUUGAUUGAAUUUGAAUGUAGUGUACCUCUAUCAUUGAGAUUUAAUAGAAACUAAAAUAGAUGCAGAUGGUCAGGUUGGGGAAAGCAGAUUCAGCUUCCCCAACAGAAUGAGGAGAUCCUGUCGUGGCUUAAGUCUUUCAUGUAAAAUGCAACUGAAUGUGUUACAGUAUUUGUGUCUUCUGAAAGCAAAUUGCUCAGGGGCUUAAUAAAUUUGAUAAUCAAUAAAUGCCAAUUUGAUACAAACUCUUGCAAUGAACCGGGCUGCUUUGUUUCAGUUUAAUCAUGGCUGUGUAGGAAUACAGAACGCUGGUACCAGCCCAGCUCUCCUGGCUGUGGAUCAGCACAGUCAUUAACAUCCUUUGGUCACAGAGAUUACAAUCCAAGGAUGCCCAUUCCAGGAGACCCAGGGCUGUUGGGUCAUCUCUCAGGAGCCCUCAUCAAGCCUGGGGGCACUGAGGCACCACCUCCCUUCCCUAGAAACGAUGAAGGUAAGGAGCAGUGGAACUAGAAAGCAAUAGCAAAAACAACAGCACAAAAACACUGACCAUUCAAAAACUAAUUACUGUUCGCAGCACUUCUAAGGAGGUGAGCAAUCUACUUCAAGGAAGUUCUACUCUUGGGGGAUUUGUCAGAAAUGUAGAAAGAUUGAAAAGUCAAGUCUGACAAAACAAUGGGGUUAUGGGGCUUCCACAUCUGACAGCACUUUACAGCUGCUAAUCAAUACUGGCUGGCAGUGGCAGGGAGUGCCUCUUCCUCAGCUCUGUCACUGUCAUUGUUCCGUCCUGUGCUCACAUGAGACAGAUUCACACCACAGAUGAGCAUGUACACAGUGGGGGACGCUGUGAAAUGCAACAGCAAGAACAUUUAAAGGGAUUAAUUCGACAACAGCUGUUUUGUUCCAGUCUUAAGAAAUUUCUGCAGUUAAGUUCAGCAUGGAAGAACGUCAGACUUCUGUAUCUAUGAGUUCUCUGCCCAGCAUCUUAACCUUCUUUCCUCUGGGAGGGAACCACAGUCCUCUCACUGAGCCAGCAGAAACAGGUCAUUUUCUAGAGAACCUCAGUGCUGAG